CAAAAAAACAACAUGAGGGACAUCAACAAGACCUGGGUGACAGAAUUCUUCUUUCUAGGACUUUCUGAUGAUUUUCAAAUUCAACUACUGCUCUUCAUUUUCUUUCUGAUAGUCUACUUGGUUACUGUGCUUGGAAACCUUCUUCUCAUCUCCCUAGUUCUGAUUGAUUCACAACUCCAUACAUCCAUGUACUUUUUCCUUUGCAACUUGUCUUUGGCUGACCUGUGCUUCUCUACUUGUAUUGUUCCCCAAACUCUUGCUCACAUGUUAUCCAGAAGAAAGGUAAUUUCCUUCACAGGCUGUGCAGCUCAGCUUCUUUUCUCCCUCUUUUUAGGAUGUACAGAGUGUGCACUGUUAGCUGUGAUGUCCUAUGACAGGUACUUGGCAAUCUGUGACCCCAUGCACUACCAUAUCAUCAUGACCUGGAGGCUAUGUGGCCACUUGGCCUUAGGUUGCUGGGCCAGUGGUAUUCUAGUGACCUUGGUUGACACCACAUUCACAUUGCAACUCCCCUACCAAGGAGAUAAUAGAAUUGCUCAUUUCUUUUGUGAGUCUCCAGCCCUCUUAGCCUUGGCUUCUGCAGACACCCACAGUUCAAAGAUGGCCAUUUUCUUAAUGGGUGUGGUGAUUCUUCUUGCACCUGUAUCUCUGAUUCUGGUGUCCUAUGGCUCCAUUAUAGUGACUGUGAUCAGGAUGAAAACAACCUCAGGGAGACUCAAGGCAUUCUCCACUUGUGGCUCCCACCUCCUUGUGGUCAUUAUUUUUUAUGGGUCAGCCAUCAUUAACUAUAUGACACCUAAAUCCUCAGAGAAGCAGGCAAAAGUGGUGUCUGUAUUUUAUACUGUGAUAAACCCCAUGCUUAAUCCCCUCAUUUACAGCCUAAGGAACAAGGAUGUGAAUAGGGCAUUUAGGAAUGUAGCCAAAAAAAGGAAACUCUUUAUAUCCUGA